AUGACAAUUCUGACCAUGGAAUCGUUGGGCAUUCCACCAUCCAGUGUUGUUUCUGCAUUUAUCUUUUGCAUUCUCACAUAUUGUUUAAUUUUACUCUUCAACUCCAUGUUGCUUGCAACUAUUGUUGCACAAAGGAAUCUGCAUAAACCAAUGUACAUACUGCUGUUUAAUUUGUCCAUAUGUGACCUUAUGGGAGCUACAGCUUUUUACCCACAGCUGGUUUGUAGUAUACUGUCUCAGAGUAGAGAAAUAUCCUACCCUGCCUGUGCCUUGCAAGGCAUCCUUCUUCAUGUCUAUGGGGGAGGAUCUCUUUCAUUUCUUAGUGUUAUGGCUUAUGACAGAUACAUUGCCAUUUGCAAACCUUUGAGAUACAAUAAUCUGAUGACCCAAAGUACAUUGGUGAAACUUAUUUUUAUGGUCUGGUCUGUAAAUAUUACUUUGAUCGGGACUUCAUUUAUACUCACAAUAAGCGCAGAAAUCUGCAGGACAAAUAUAGUGGACAUGCACUGCAAUAAUCCUUCUUUAAUGAAGUUAAUCUGUGAGGAUACAAGAGUGAUGAACUACUUUGGCUACGUUACUGUAAUUCUUCUACAAAGUUUUUCCCUACUAACAGUAUCGUUAACAUAUAUCAAAAUCCUAAUUACAUGUCUUUCUACAAAACAGGCAAAAUCUAUAAGUAAGGCAAUGCAAACCUGUGGGACACAUUUAGUUGUUUUUCUGAGUUUUGAGAUUAACACACUGUUUCUAUUGACAUCUCACAGGUUAGAAUCAGCAUCUCCACACUUAAGAAGGGCCUUUGGUAUUUCAAUUAUUAUCUUUCCUCCAAUUCUUAACCCUCUAAUUUAUGGUUUGAAAACAAGGGAAAUUCGACAAACAAUUUUUAAGUUCAUACAAAGAAAGGUUUCUUCUGUCUAACAAGAAAAUAACUAAAAGCACAUACAUAUGCUUGUGCAUUUUACUACAUAAACUA